UGUUCGCAUGACUGUCGCCGAGUAAGUAUUGUGCGAAUUCGAGCCGUCAGCCCACUCCGCAUGCCCCUAUGCAACGCCAGCUAUUUCCGGCCAGGAAACCAGAGCCGCUAUUUGGUCACUGCCCGCCUCUAUUCACGCCUUGCAGUCAUCGAGCUAAUCACGGCACGCCAGAAUGUAUUCGCGCGAUCAAUUCAUGAACCCCGGGCCCGCACCGCGGCCUCCCACCGACCGACCCCGCCUCAACCUUACCCCAAAUACUAGCAGCAAUCUGCCAGGAAACAUGGCUGGCUUAAGCCUACAGUCGCCCGCAUACAACAGCGGCUACAGCAGCAAUAGCUCGACAACUUCACUUGUGCGGACGCAGUCGGAAAAGAGCUUGUCAACAACCUCGGUGGUGAAGGAGGGUAACGUCAAGGUCAAGGACGAGGGCCUGUUCAAAUCCUUCGUCUGGGCAGACCGCUGGCUUGUCCUCCGCGAAUUCGAGCUGGCCUUCUUCAAGAGCCCCAAUUCUAACAAGGUGGCAAAUACCAUUCAGCUUCGGGAUGUGCUUGGCGUUGAGCGCUCAGAUACGCAGCCUCUGUCCUUCGAGAUCACCCGCUCGUUGAACCCGAACAAAGGCUCGUCGCCGCCCCGUGACGGACCCACGAAGAUUAUCACCUGUAAAGUCGAGACCGACGACGACGUGUAUUCCUGGAUAGACAGCAUCUAUCAGCGCUGCCCCAGCAUGGGCGGGGUGAGCAACCCCACCAACUUCACUCACAGAGUACACGUGGGCUUCGACCCGACGAGCGGCGCCUUUGUUGGAUUGCCAGUAGAAUGGGAGAAACUUCUUACCGCUUCUGCACUCACCAAGGACGACUAUGCGAAAAAUCCCAAGGCUGUUCUCGAGGUGCUAGAGUUCUAUGCCGAAAAGCUCGUCAAACGAUCCGAAGAUCCUCAGCAGUAUCCCAGCCUUACUCCUACUCCACCAGUGAGUGCUGGAAUGGAGAAGCAGCUCGGCUAUGGCGGCGGUGGAAGCUCCAUUGCACCGCCGCGCCCGGCACCUCCAAAUGGCUUCCCUCGAAAGGACAGCUACAGCAUGUCCCGCCAAAAUACCCCGCCCGGGUCUGGAUACGCAACGCCGCAGGGUGGUAUGCAGCAAGAUCCCCGUUACGACGAACGCCGCCGAAUGCAAGAGCAAGAGAUGCGGGCACGUGAGCAACAGGCGCGAGACCGACAGAGAGAGAGGGAAGAGUAUGAGCGACGAGAACGCGAGGAUCUUGCUGCAUAUAACGCUUCCUUGCCGCAAAAGAAACUCCCAAUGGCACAACAAGAGAUCGGCGGCGCCCUCGAGGCGCGAGACUCCAGCCCAUCAGGUCAGCAAUCUCGCUAUAACCCAAGCCGUCCAGCUCCAUCCACCCCAGGUGCUCCGAGGAAUCCACAACAACAACCGCCCGGUUCCCUGCGCCAGAUGGCCGCUCAACGACCUGCCCCAUCCGCACCGAAGCAGCAGAACGGCGGCGCUUAUGGCACAUCGCCGCAGUCUAAACUUCCCAUGGCUCAGCAACAGCGGCCGCCGGUGCAACCAAACUCAAGGUAUCAAAAUUCCGCCAACCAGGUACCGCAAGCCCGGCCCGCCAAUGGUCAGCCCCAGCAACAGAAGCAGUACCAAGGAGCCGCUGCACCUAAGCCGUUGAACGUCGCUACCAAGCAGCCUACAGGUGCGCCCGUGAAUGAUGCUGUGAAAAAGGCCGAGCAAGCUCUCACUAGCAAGAAGGAGGAGACGCCUCGCAAAGAUGUGCGGAUGUCGAGCAUGUCUGAGAGCGAAGUCAUGGCCAAGCUUCGGGAAGUCGUGUCGAAAGACAGGCCUUUGGACUCAUAUAACAAGCAGAAGAAGAUUGGUCAGGGUGCCUCCGGAUCCGUCUAUGUCGCCCGCAUCCGCGAAGGUGCCACCUCCCCGAUGGCGCGUAGAAUUCUUCAAGAGAACGGACCACGGGCCCAAGUCGCAAUCAAACAGAUGGAUCUACGCAACCAGCCUCGCAAGGAGUUGAUCGUUAACGAGAUCAUCGUUAUGAAGGAUAGCAAGCACCCUAAUAUCGUCAACUUCCUGGACGCGUUCCUACAAGAAGAGCAGUCAGAACUCUGGGUGGUCAUGGAGUUCAUGGAGGGCGGAGCUUUGACAGAUGUCAUCGACAACAAUCCCUCAAUCAGCGAAGAUCAGAUCGCUACCAUCUGCUUAGAGACAUGUAAGGGUCUGGAACACCUCCACAAUCAGAACAUCAUCCACCGAGAUAUCAAGAGUGACAAUGUGCUGCUCGAUGGACGAGGCAAUGUCAAGAUUACUGAUUUCGGUUUCUGCGCCAAGCUUACCGAACAGCGCAGCAAGCGUGCGACCAUGGUAGGAACUCCGUACUGGAUGGCUCCGGAGGUGGUGAAGCAGAAGGAGUAUGGCAACAAGGUCGACAUCUGGUCAUUGGGCAUUAUGGCGAUCGAGAUGAUCGAGUCGGAGCCGCCGUACUUGAACGAGGAACCGCUCAAGGCCCUGUACCUCAUCGCCACCAAUGGCACUCCCCGCCUAAAGAAGCCAGACAAGCUGUCCAAGGAGCUCAAGGCCUUCCUCUCCGUCUGCUUGUGUGUGGAUGUCAAAUCGAGAGCUAGCGCCACGGAGCUGAUGAGCCACGAUUUCCUUAAAAGUGGAUGCAGCUUGGCUAGCCUAGCGCAGCUGCUCAACUUUAGGAAGAACGGAAGUCACUAGAAGAAGUUUUCCAGAGCUUUUAUCCAACGUUUCCGCUUUUGGACUUGAUCGAUACCCUUUCCAUACAUACACUUCGCUCGACAUUUCUUCGUACCUAGGCAUUGCGCAACAGGCAGGCGAGCAGGCGGGCAUCUUGGCAGCGCGGAUUCCAAGACUUUUACUU